AUGGUCGAAAUUCAUGGAAGUUCCGGCGAAGGUCACGCGGCGGCGGAUCAGGCAACUCUCACUCCGCCGCCGGAGAGGGUUGACAAUGGACAGAAGCUGACGAGCGCCGUCGCCGGAAAACCGCCCGAGUCUCUCAAGACUGGACGUUACAACGGUGUUGAACACGUCAACGUCGCCGCCGAUGGUUUUUCCGGCGGCUAUGUUCCGCCGCAUAAAUCCGACAAGUCCCGGAAAAUAUCGGUUUUGCCACUCGUUUUCCUCAUCUUCUACCAAGUUUCAGGCGGAGCUUUCGGGGCGGAGGACAGUGUAAAAGCAGCAGGACCACUGUUGGCCAUUCUAGGGUUUCUGAUCUUCCCUUUCAUGUGGUGUGUUCCAGAGGCAUUGAUCACUGCAGAGAUGGGGACGAUGUUCAAUGCGAACGGCGGCUACGUGGUUUGGGUCUCCUCCGCUUUAGGACCCUUGUGGGGAUUUCAGCUCGGUUGGAUGAAAUGGCUGAGCGGCGUUAUGGAUAACGCCUUGUAUCCAGUCCUAUUCCUCGAUUACUUCAAGUCUGAAAUCCCAUCUCUCAGUGGAGGUUGGCCACGAACCAUGGCGGUCUUGGCCUUGACUCUAAUGCUGACCUACUUGAACUAUAGAGGCUUAGCCAUUGUAGGGUCUGCCACUGUUCUUCUCGGGAUUCUCUCCCUCCUUCCCUUUCUGCUAAUGGGUCUCAUCUCAAUCCCAAAGCUAAACCCAUCGAGAUGGCUCGUAGUGGACAUUCGCCACGUGGACUGGAACUUGUAUCUGAACACUCUCUUCUGGAAUCUGAACCACUGGGAUUCGAUCAGCACACUCGCUGGUGAAGUGGAGAACCCUAGCAAGACCCUUCCAAGAUCUUUGUUCUACGCUUUGAUCCUGGUCAUAGCUUCCUACAUCUUCCCGCUUCUGACAGGAACAGGUGCUGUCCCUCUAGAUCGAGAGCUGUGGACUGAUGGGUAUCUCGCAGAAGUAGCCAAAAUCCUCGGAGGAACAUGGUUAAGAUGGUGGGUUGAGGUUGCAGCAGCAACAUCGAACAUGGGUAUGUUCUUAGCAGAGAUGAGCAGCGACUCGUUUCAGCUUCUGGGCAUGGCGGAAACUGGCAUGAUCCCUGAGUUCUUCGGCAGAAGAUCUCGCCAUGGAACGCCAUUGAUGGGGAACAUGCUCUCAGCCUCGGGUGUAAUCCUCUUGUCUUGGCUAAGUUUCCAAGAGAUUGUGGCAGUGGAGAACUUACUCUACUCUUCCGGAAUGAUCUUAGAGUUCAUCGCCUUCGUAAGGAUGAGGAAGAAAUACCCGAAUGCGUCGCGACCGUACAAGAUUCCGGUCGGAACCGUAGGAUCAGUCGGCAUCUGUGUUCUUCCGACCGUACUGAUUAUAACGGUAACGGUCUCUUCGAGCUUGAAAGUGGCCGGAGUUAGUGUUGGGAUUGUAGUGAUGGGGCUUGUGAUGAAACCGUGUCUUGAGCUCGCGGAGAAGAAGAGAUGGCUCAAGUUCUCCGUCGUCUCUGAUCUUCCUGAUUUUUCGGUGGAUGUGGUCUGAAAAAUGUACA